UUGUUUCAAUUUUGUAAUGAACAUGUACAUGAAACAUAUAACAUGUAUUUUCAAUUCUUGAUCGUUUGCCUCGCGGUGGCUGCUGUUAUUGAAGCAGCACCAUCUCAGUAUGCAUCUAGCAACUCACAAUCCACAGAGAUUCAACAAGACUAUAGAAAUCAGAACAAUACUCUUAUGAAACAACAAAUGCGCCUACUCAACGAUGAUUAUAAUAUGAUGAAAGAGCAGACCCAGAGUGAUUACAGAAACAACAUGAUCACCCCACAGCAAUAUCGUGAUCAGAUGAAUGCUCAUCGAGUUGAUUACCAGCAGAGAAAAGAGCAACUUCUGACAUCGCUACAGAGGUCAUAUACAAGCAAUGCCAUGAACCAACCCAUUUAG